UCGAACGAAAAUGUGGCCCAAAACAGCGUGGUACUUACUUCUAGUAAUAAGUGUACAUUGUAAAGAGAUUAAACAUAGAGUCCCCAGAUUUAUUGGGGGGACGUAUACCAGCACCGUCACUUCUACAAAAAUGAUUACUUCAUUAGUGCCUUCGUCAUGUGUGUAUGUGGAUCCUACAUUGCAGCCCUGCAGAAGUGUGAGGUUUUUGAAUUUCCCUCAAUUUGAUACUAUAAGAGAAUAUUUCAACAACAAAAGUUCUCCAUUUCGUGCCCGAUCUGAUAAAACUGAAACCACACAAUUAGGAUGGGGUGAAUAUUUAGGUAUUUACCAACCGACAGUAACAGUUACCGAAAUCGAAUUGCAAACCGCCAUUGUUCAGGACCCUCGAGUUGCUGUAACAUACGCUGUCAAAGGAUGUAGGCCUCUAAAACUCCCCAACGACAUAGACAGAUGUGAAAUUCAAGCACCUUCGACCAUUCCGAUUCUUGAAAUUCUUCCCACGUCAACAGUAGCUGUUCCUCAGAUGUCUGCACUUCAUUCAAAUGGAGGUACAAAUAACUCAAGCGACAGUAAAUCUGGUCAGUCUGGUGGCAUUUUGUGGAAAUUAAACGCUACAGAUAAAAUACAAACACCGACACCUACCCUUGAAAGUUCUACUACUCCAAUAGAAGAUAAUACAAGAGAAACUGUACAGCGUCCUACAGAGCCGUUAUUACUCUAAAUAACAAUUGUGUAUAGUAGAAACGGAAAUCGGCCAGAAUGCGCAACAGAGUGGUGGUAUCAAUGUUUGGUAAAAAUGUUCAAGAAAUCCAAGUAGUCGCCUUAAAGAUAAUCACAUGCGGAUAUUAUAACAUCCCGUUAAUCAUUGUAAAUUAGUCAUUUUAUAACUUACAGCAAACACUUGCAUAUUAGUAGGUACUGUUAAAAUAAUUAGACGAUAAAUAUUAAGCAGGAGAAAUUAAACUUUUUUCUACUUUUAAGAACAAAAAAAGCAAGAUCGUUAGCGGAACCGAAUUCAAAAUUAUUUUGCACAUCAAAUUUGAAACAAUAUUGGGUUAAACAUCAUAUUUUUAUUGGUAAACAAAUUUAUUAAUUUGUCUGGAUUAAACUACGGUUCUGUUGAUAUUCGAGAAGACUUGGUAUUCACACAGUGUUGUCAAACUGAAUUUUGUUAUAUUCAUUUUAAAUUUUCUAGCCGAUUUCCGAGCCUGCUAUAAAACACAAAAUGUAAUGUUGAUAUAUUUUUUAAUAAACUUCAGCUCAUAGUUCAUAAAAAUUCACAUUCUUAAUUAUAUUAUUAUAUAUGGUUAAUUUAGGAUUUUUGGUUGUAUAAAGAGAAUUUUGUAAUAAAAAAUUU